CAAUAUUUUCUAUUUGCUAAGCCGUUGGCCCAGCCCAAAUGGCUAUUCUUCAUUCACCGCGGAAAAUACGAUUGAAAAAAUGUUACAAUCACGCUGUCGUAGAAAGUUGCUCUUUGUUUGAGGCUGGUAUUAUACUGCACGAAUUUAUAGCAUCGUGACGUUUCAGGGCUGCGAAAAAUUAUAACCGCUCACAAUAAAAGACACACAACUCAAAACAUUCGCAUUUUCCCGGUUUUAUUCUCUUAAAACUUUACGUAGCGUUGCAUUAAACUCAAACAUUGUUUACCUCUGUUCACUAGUGAUUAGCGAUUUCGAUCGAUUUGCUUGCACCGUUUUAUAUCGCCGAAGCCGUAUUUUUCAGCAUUUGAAAUGUUGCGCAUCUUGGCCCGUUUGUCACGGUCGGGAUCUACCGGUUCCCGAAUGUUCAGUGAAUCUGCGACAGGCGCCAAACUGGUGCUUACCGAGGUGGACGAUAAGACUGGCUAUGCAACCGUAACAAUGAACCGGCCUCCCGUAAACAGCCUGAGUCUGGAGUUGCUUAAGGGUCUCUCCGAGGCGCUGGACGACCUGCAAAACAAUAAAUCGCGGGGCAUGAUAUUGACUUCAUCAUCGAAAACUGUGUUCUGUGCUGGUCUCGACAUCAUGGAGAUGUACAAACCUAAUCAGGAAAGGUUAAGAGACUUCUGGUCCACGCUGCAAGAUGUGUGGUUCAAGCUUUACGGGUCACCGUUUGCCACUGUGGCAGCCAUUAAUGGUCACGCUCCAGCCGGAGGAUGUUUGCUUUCUCUUUGCUGCGAAUAUCGUGUCAUGUGCCCUAACUAUACUAUAGGACUGAACGAGACGCAACUUGGUAUUGUGGCACCCACCUGGUUCCAGGCGUCGCUUCGGAAUACAAUCUCCACACGUGAAGCCGAGCUGGCGCUGACGUUAGGUAAAAUGUACACCACCGAGGAGGCACUUAGAAUCGGUAUGGUUGACGAGGUUGUGGAAACUAAGGAAAAAGCUCUAGAGCGAGCGACGGCGUUUUUGAACCAGUUCCGCAAAAUAUCGCCUAUGGCGCGUUCGAUGACGAAGCAAGCCCUACGCAGCAAGGAAAUAGCGGAACUCGAGGAUAAGCGGUCGCAAGACAUCGAUCUGUUUGUCUACGCCAUCAAUCAACCCAAUGUGCAGAAAGGUCUCGAGCUUUAUUUGGAGGGUCUGAAGAAGAAAACGGCCCAAAAGUGAGCACGAAAUGUGGGCUGUUGCCCUGGUAGUAUAGAGAAAAGUGUCUUAAAGUAUAAUUGUUUUUUAUAUGUUAUCGAAAUAUUCACGAAGCAUUUAUCAAGAAACAUUUCCUGCAUUCAGAAAAAUAUAAAAAUCCUUUUCUAU